AUGUCCGCUUUCAAGCGCAAGUCGCCAUACGGCUCAGCAUCUCCAGCUCCUGGCCAAAGCUCUCGCGGUGCGAGCGCGGGCGUCAAGCUUGAGCCCGACUCGAAGCGUCCAAGGGGCAUCGCCGGCACGCCCUCCUCGUCGCAUUACAACUUCAAUGACCCGCGUACCGUCGUGUUGGAGCUGCGAGAGUACCUCAAGGAACGCAUCACGAUGCCGUGGCAAGACGCCUUCUUCCACGUCGAGGACAAGAACCCAGGCAUCGAUGCAAACGAUGUCCUUGACCGUCUCAAGAAGCAGGACCGCGUCAAGUUUAACGAGACCAACCAGGUCUUUACGUACGAGCCCGAGAUUGUCCUCCGCACGCAGUCCGACCUGCGCUCGCACAUCCGUACCAACACGACCUGGGAGAAGACCCAUGGCCUCCCAUACAAGGAGAUCAGGGAGCUCAUGCCCGGACCCGAGCUGACGGGUUUCCUCGAGGAGCUCGAAAAGGAGGGCCAGGUGCUCAUCCUCCGUUCGUUGACGGGAAAGCUCAAGGACGCACCUUUGCCAGAGCUCGGCAGGGAGAACGCCUGGGGCGAGCGCUUGAAUGCCGGCGGUCCUGAGAGGUUCCGUACCAUCUUCUGGGACGACCUCAAGGAGCGCAGCCGCGCGAGUGCGCGAGUGGACGAUGAGUUUGUGUUUGGUUGGGCCGACGUGCGCAUCGCCGAGACGGACGACGUUGCCAAGCUGUUAGCGGAGCACGACCUCAAGGCGAGCAGUGUGGCGCCAUCGGCAAAGAAAGAGGACAAGGAGCCCGAGAAGAAGAAGAAGCGCGGCCGCCGUGCGCUCAAGAUUACCAACUCGCACAUGAAGGCGCACGGUAUCGACUUUUCGCAAGACUACGAGGCUCCGUCAUAA